CACCACCACAUAUCACCACUCGUGGCACAGCUGGGAGCACCAGAACUGGUCAGGAAACAUGAACAAACGUAAACUGAGCUUCAAAUGGUUCGGCAGCCUCACCAACCUCACCUUCCGGCGCUCGUCCGGCAAAGCCUCCAAGUCGGACGACAAAGGUGAGGCGGAACUUGAGACGCCGUCGUCGCCGACAUCGCAGUCCUCCGUGGAUGACAUGGACGUCCGUCCGCGCCUGCCGAGCUACGUGCGCUCCAGCGAGAUGUACAGUCACAUGGGCACCAUGCCACGGCAGCUCAGCAAGAAGAAAGACAAAGACAAAGACAAGGACAAGGACAAGGACAAGGACAAAGGGGGCGGUAAAGGCUCGCGAAAGAGCCGGGCACACCGUGGCCCAGAGCUGGGCCGCAGUCAGAGCAUGAGGCCCAUGGACCACGUCUGCGACUCGCCACUGUUGAGCAUGCUGUCCAGUCCAGGACGCCCAGCCAUGCUGCCGCAAGCUGCAGCCAAACCUGUCGCCACUAGGGGGAGCCCUAAGAAAAUAGAGGAAGAGGCAGAAGAAGGUGGCGCUGAGAAACCAACUGGAGACACAGUUGAUGGAGGGUUUAGAGCUAUUCCGGUGGAGGAGCCCAGAACAGACGGGUCUAAGAGCCCUCAGGCUGGUGAAACAGUGCCACCUGGUGGACAUUUAGCUGAAAGGCCAAAAAGCCCACAAUCCCCUUCAGUGGACACACAUCAGCCCCCGUGUCAGGUGGUGUUGCCAAUGAAGAGGGGGAGGAAGACCGAAGAGCAGAAGGAUGAGGAGAAGCAGCCAGAGAGGAGGCAGAGUCCAGCGGAGGAGGUCCAGCCGGCACAGCCAGAGAGUGACCAGCAGAGGGAGACAGACAACAGCCAAAUGGACCCUUCAGGCAACCCAGGAGAGUAUGUGCAGUUCUCCAAGGAGAAGUACCUGCUGGAGUCUCCGCCAGAGAAGCUGCGGAAGGAGCUGGAGGAGGAGCUCAAGCUGAGCAGUACUGACAUGAGGAGCCAUGGCUGGUACCAUGGACACAUCCCACGCGAGGUGUCGGAGACGCUGGUCCUGCGUAACGGGGACUUCCUGGUGCGCGACUCGCUGGUAAAUGCCACCGACUACGUGCUGACCAGCCGCUGGAACCACGAGGUGCAGCACGCACGCAUCACCAAGGUGCUGGUCAAGAGCAGCGAGACACACGUCCAGUUCGUGCUGGAGGGACUGGAGGGGGAGGCCUUUGACUCGGUGCCCGCGCUUGUGCGAUCCUACGUGGGCAACCGCCGGCCCGUCUCCCCCCAGAGCGGGGCACAGAUCUACUGCCCCAUCAACCGGACCCUGCCGCUACGCUACCUGGAGGCCACCUUCGCACUGGCCAAUGGCAGGCCGGGCGCCACCUACUCGCCAUCCAAUCAGAGAGGAGCAUAUAUUAAGAGGCGGAGUGUGACCAUGACGGAUGGACUGACCACAGAGAAAGCCAUGCCACACAGCAACGAGGAGCCGGUGGAGCCCCCAGAGGCCCCGCCCCCCGAGGCGGAGCCAGUGAAAGACAGCAGCCCCUCCACCAUCCACCACCAUAAGGAGUCGAUGAGGAACUGCGCGCUGAGUAUGGACCAGAUCCAGGAGUUCCGUUGCCCCCUCUCUCCCGUCGGAGAGGCGCCUCUGUCCCCCGCAUACAGCGCCGUGUCCCGGCACCGGCACGGCUCUGGCGGUCGCAUCCUGGCCGUCAUCCCCCCGUCGCCGGCCGUCCCCCGCCGCUCCAGCGACCCCCACCUCAGCCCCUCCGCCUCCAACAACAACCUCCACCUGCCCCCCCCCUCCUCCUCCUCCUCCUCCUCCUCCUCCUCCGGAGGUGCCCAGGCCCCCCACCUCCAGGGCCCCGACCUGGCGGGCAGCUACUGCGAGCUCCGACCUCACCCCCCCUGCGCCGCCCCGGGCACCCCGUGCAAGAGCUACGUGGAGCGGCUGCGGGUGGAGGAGGGCCGGGGGGUCCCGGGGCUGGUGGAGCAGGGAGGUGGCCGUGAGGCGGGGGACGUGGUGGCGAGGGAGAGCCUCUUUGCGCUGCCGCAGGUGGAGACGAGCUCGUCUCUGCGUCCGAGCCGCUACCAGUCGGCGCUGCUGCCGGCCGAGAACAAGCCGCUGGAGAUGGCCGUGCUCAAGAGGGUCAAGGAGCUGCUGGCCGAGACGGACGCGCGCACCGCCGCCAUGCACAUCACCAAAACAGACUGCACGGUUGCUAGGAUACUGGGCGUUACCAAGGAGAUGCAGAGGAUGAUGGGAGUGGGGUCUGGGCUGGAGCUGCUGACUCUUCCACAUGGACACCAGCUGAGACUGGACCUACUGGAGAGGUUCUACACCAUGUCCAUCAUGGUGGCGGUGGACAUCCUGGGCUGUACAGGAAGCACGGAGGAGAGGGCCGCCCUCCUGCACAAGACCAUCCAGCUGGCCGCCGAGCUCAAGAGCACCAUGGGAAACAUGUUCGGCUUCGCCGCCGUCAUGAGGGCCCUGGAGCUGCCGCAGAUCUCUCGUCUGGAGCAGACAUGGAUGGCCCUGAGGCAGAGACACACCGAGGGAGCCAUCCUAUAUGAGAAGAAGCUCAAGCCCUUCCUCAAGGCCAUGAACGACGGCAAAGAGAGCUGCGUCCUGUCCAACACCUCCUUCCCACCUGUGGUCCCACUGCUGUCUCUCCUGGAGAGGGGCGUUGCUGUGGGGGAGGGGCUAGAGCCCUGGGAGAGCGUGGAGGCGGGCGUCGACGUGGUGAUGAGUCACCUGGAGGCGGCACGUACCAUUGCCCAUCACGGGGGGAUCUACCGCAGCAAUGCAGAAACAAAACUAAAAGAGCUGCCGGAGCGAGUGGAGCUGCUGGAGAUCUUCUGCACCGAGUUCCAGAUGCGUCUGCUGUGGGGCAGCCGGGGCUCCGAGGGCUCCCAGGCUGAGCGCUACGAGAAGUUCGACAAGGUCCUCACCGCCCUCUCCCACAAGCUGGAGCCGCCCGUCCGCCACAGCGAGCUAUAGCAACCUCCAUAACCCCCCUCCCCUCUACACAGCACAGAAACCUGCAGUGGUACAAUCCCAUCUGUCCCUCUCCCAUGCACCUGGGUUGGACCAAAACGGGAACGAGGGGGUGUUGAGAGGUACUGUGUAAAAUACUUAACUGAAAUGUGUGGAAGGGGGUAAGGAGAGAGAGUGAAAAAGGAGAGAAAGAGAGAGAGACUGUGUAUCCCAAAACGAGGCACAAAGAAAGGACCGCUCAUAUCACAGCCUUGUCAGGCUGGACCCUUUCCAUCAUCAAGUCACAGAAAUGCAUCAUGGGAAGUCAGGUGAUAAGCCUGAGGAAGAAGUGUGUCAGGAAAACGGUGUGUGGGUGUGUGUUUUCUGAGAGACAAUGAAAGAAUGAAUGAGUGUUACUGUGUCUCACCUGUACCCAUUCCUGGCUUUGGACUAUACUUCCCAUGAUUCCCUGCGUUGUGAAGUUCCUCCCGCUGUUGUCACAGACUAAAACCCUCACAAUAACAGCUACAGAACCUUCCAGAGAAGAGAGAACCUGCUUUUCCUCAGCGCCAGCUCCCACGGUCAUGUUGAAGUUAAAGUUGAUGUUUUCCUGAUGCUCCACCACCUUAUAGACAUAGUGGAGGAAGACAACGAGGAGAGGACACUUAUCUCUGACAAAGUCACACACACACACACACACACACAUCUGAAUGUACGUUGCCAAAUCAUCUAAGUGCAAGCAGAUAUAUCUGAAAGGAAAACUUGUGUGUGUGUGAGUGCACCCUUAUUUGGAUUUUUAAGUGAUUUAAUGGUCAUCUUGCUGAAGGACUUUUCUGUACACUUUACAAUUGUCUCAUUUACCUGAUUUUCAUAUUUUAUUUUACUCUAUUUUAUCAUCUAUCUCUUCUGUAUUUUGUGAUAAAAAUAGAUUUCCUGCACCACAGGUUUAAUUUCUACCAGGUCAGCAUAUGCCAAAUAACAAUACAUCAGAUGCACACACAGACACAGGCACACACACACACACACACACACACACACACACACACACACACACACACACAC